AACAAAUCUAAGGUUCAAUGUUCGUUACCUCCUCCAGCUUUCCCGCCACCCACGCUCUCCCAUCAUGACAUCCUCUCCCCCAAAAUACACAUGCAACACAUGUGCCCGAUUCCUCCCAUUCAAUACCUACCCACCCCUUCUCACCUCAUGCUGCAAAACCUUCGUCUGCCCAUCCUGCACCAAGAAGAACCCACGAUUCGCGAGUUAUUGCAUGCUGUGUCAAUUACCUAUCGACCCCUCCCUACAACCCUCUCCACCGGCGUACGAGAGUGAGUUACCGACAUACGAAGUCGCCUUGACCCUACCACCCAGUGAAACCGCCCGAGUCACGAAGGCGAACGGGAAAGGGAAGGAGGAAGCAGGCGUGGUGCACUAUAUCCGCCCAACCGAUACCCUCAUCUCCCUCUCUCUCGCCUACCACAUCCCCCUCCCCCUCCUCCGUACCCACAACUCCCUUUUCAGCGACCACCUUCUCCCUGGCCGUCACACAAUCCUCAUCCCCUCAUCCCACUACACCGGUCCCUCACUCUCGCCCUCGCCAGAUCCGGACGCGGGGAGGAAGAGUAUGGUGAAGAGGUUUCAGUGCAGGACGAAGUGUGUCGAGUGGGAGGUUGCGCGGUGGUAUUUGGAGGGGAGUGGGUGGAGGGAGGAGGAGGCUGUGAGGAGGUGGCAGGAGGAUGACGCGUGGGAAAGGGCGCAUCCGAAGGAGGGGAGUGGGACGUUGAUGAGAUAA